CAAUUACUGAAAUAAUAAUAACGCUCCUUUAUAGAUUGAUAGUAAAGUUAAAUUUGAUAUCAAAUACUCGUUCAUAACUCUGGUGUAAAUACUUUCAUACAAAAUUACUGAACAUAUUAACAGUCAAAGUACUCAAGUUAAACGAUUGAAACUCUAAUUUGUAAUAAAUCUAAUUGUUAAACAUGAUACGCUUCAUUUUAAUCCAAAAUCGGGCUGGUAAAACUCGAUUAGCUAAGUGGUAUAUGAAUUUCGAUGAUGAUGAAAAACAAAAAUUAAUUGAAGAAGUACAUGCAGUUGUCACAGUCCGUGAUGCUAAACAUACUAAUUUUGUAGAGUUUCGUAAUUUCAAAAUAGUAUAUCGCCGAUACGCAGGGCUGUAUUUUUGCAUUUGUGUGGAUGUCAAUGAUAACAAUUUAUGUUAUCUUGAAGCAAUUCAUAAUUUCGUUGAAGUAUUAAACGAAUACUUUCACAAUGUCUGUGAAUUAGACUUGGUAUUUAAUUUUUACAAGGUAUAUACAGUUGUUGAUGAAAUGUUCUUAGCUGGUGAAAUACGUGAAACAAGCCAAACAAAAGUAUUAAAACAAUUGUUAAUGUUAAAUUCAUUAGAGUAAAAAAUAUUUUUUUAAAAUUCCUUUAUUUUAGGAGUUAUAUUUAAUUAAAUAUUGUACAAUAUACUAUAAAUGUAAUGUUUUAUUAUGCUAAGUACACUAUUAU